GGUACAACCUGUUCCUCCCUCCUCGCGGUUCCCUCCCUCCUGCCGCUGGACCACAACCUUCUGGGCCUCUCCUGUCCUGGGUCCUGGGCGCCAGCUGUGCCCUCCUGGGUGACACCCGCGCAGGCAGUGCGGGGAAGCUGGAGGAGGCGGAGACCGAGGCGCGGUGGGCGGAGGCCGCGCGGCGCUGGAGAGAGGGGCAGCUAAAGGUUGCAUCCGCGGGAAGGAGGCUUUUUGGCUGCUUGGUAACGGCUUCUAGAACCAAGAGAGGCAGAGAGCGAGGCGGCAGCAGCCUGACGUCAGGACCCAGCGUGCCAGCAGCCACUGCCCGUCCGACACAGACCUGCGGCGGCGGGAGAGGAGAGGACUGAGUGGGGCGCCGAGCCCGCGGGGCUCAGCAUGCGCCCUGCCCCCGGGCCAUGGAGAUCGCCCUGGUGCCCCUGGAGAACGGCGGGGCCAUGACCUUGCCAGAAGCAGACGAGGCCCAGGCAGGUUGCGGGCUGACCGCAGCGGGAGCGCUCUUGUGCCCUCCGACGGCGGUUCUGGGCGAUUCGCCCCCGGAGUCCAGGGCCAGCGGCGCGGAGAGGGGAGCGGACCCAGGCGCGCAGCCACUGCCUCCGCUUCCUCCGCUGCUCCCGGAGCUGCCACAGCCUCCACGGCGGUCUCCAGAGGGUCAGGACGAGGACGGAGAGGGAGACCCCGGCCCAGGCGUGCCGGAAGACCAGACCCUGGACGCGGGAGCCCUGCAUCACCAGCGCGUCCUCAUCAACAUCUCCGGGCUGCGCUUCGAGACGCAGCUGGGCACCCUGGCUCAGUUCCCCAACACACUCCUUGGGGACCCAGCCAAGCGCCUGCGCUACUUCGACCCGCUCCGCAACGAGUAUUUCUUCGACCGCCACCGGCCCAGCUUCGACGCCAUCCUCUACUACUACCAGUCCGGGGGCCGCCUGCGCAGGCCGGUCAAUGUCUCCAUGGACGUGUUCGUGGAUGAGAUCCGCUUCUACCAGCUGGGGGAAGAGGCCUUGGAGCGCUUCCGGGAGGAUGAGGGCUUCCUUAAAGAAGAAGAGAAACCGCUGCCCCGAAAUGAGUUCCAGCGCCAGGUGUGGCUCAUCUUCGAGUACCCGGAGAGCUCAGGGUCCGCACGCGCCAUCGCCAUCGUCUCCGUGCUGGUCAUCCUCAUCUCCAUCGUCACCUUCUGCCUGGAGACGCUGCCCGAGUUCCGGGAUGAACGAGAACUGCUCCGCCAGACCCCGGUUCCCCACCAGCUUCCUGUGCCCGCCCCGGGGGUCAACGGUAGCUGGGCCACGGCACCGCUCAACGGCCCCACCGUGGCAUCCCUCCUGCCCAGGACCCUGGCAGACCCUUUUUUCAUUGUCGAGACUACGUGUGUCAUCUGGUUCACCUUUGAGCUGCUUGUGCGCUUCUUCGCCUGCCCCAGCAAGGCCGAGUUCUCGCGGAACAUCAUGAACAUCAUCGACAUCGUGGCCAUCUUCCCCUACUUCAUCACCCUGGGCACGGAGCUGGCCGAGCAAGAGCCAGGGGGUGGAUUAGGCGGUGGCCAGAACGGGCAGCAGGCCAUGUCCCUGGCCAUCCUCAGGGUGAUCCGCCUGGUCCGGGUGUUCCGCAUCUUCAAGCUCUCCCGCCACUCCAAGGGGCUGCAGAUCCUGGGCAAGACCUUGCAGGCCUCCAUGAGGGAGCUGGGGCUGCUCAUCUUCUUCCUCUUCAUCGGAGUCAUCCUCUUUUCCAGCGCCGUCUACUUUGCUGAGGCUGACAACAAGGGGACUCACUUCUCCAGCAUCCCGGAUGCCUUCUGGUGGGCGGUGGUGACCAUGACCACCGUAGGCUAUGGGGACAUGAGGCCCAUCACCGUGGGGGGCAAGAUUGUGGGCUCGCUGUGUGCCAUCGCCGGGGUCCUCACCAUUGCCCUGCCCGUCCCGGUCAUAGUCUCCAACUUCAACUACUUCUACCACCGGGAGACCGAGCAGGAGGUGCAGGUGGCCCUGAAGGAAGAACAAGGCAGCCAGAGCCGGGGGUCUGGACCAGACGCUGGAGGCCAGCGCAAGGCCAGCUGGAGCAAGGCUUCUCUGUGCAAGCCUGGGGGAUCCCUGGAGAGCUCAGACAGUACCCGCAGGGCCAGCUGCCCCUUGGAGAAGUGUAACCUCAAGGCCAAGAGCAAUGUGGAUUUACGGAGGUCCCUGUAUGCACUCUGCCUGGACAGCAGCCGGGAAACAGACUUGUGAAAGGAGUGCCAGGCAGACCGGUAGCAGUAGGGUGGGAGCUGGGGUGACCUCCUGAGCCUGGGGAUUCGCGUGACACCGCUGAGUAUUCCAAGCCCGCCUUGUCACUGAAGUCUGCCUCUCUCCUUCUGUCCUCCCUCCCUACAGCCCCUCACUUCUCCUCUUCUUUCCAUGACACUAAGGGUUGCCUAUUUUUAAAAAGUACCACAUUCCAUGACGCAGGAGCUGUUGAAAUGGCAAGCACCAUGAGAUGGAUGUAUUUGUAGUGAGUUUCCUAUACCCAGCAGAGGGAUAACCCAAACAGAAAUGACUUUAAAUAGCCCACAUCCCGAGGGAUUUUGUAGCCCUCCCCCUCCAUGUGUUCCUAAUUUGCUUUACAUAUGGUUAUAUUUGUGUAUAGGGGGAAAAUAUUAUUUUUAUGGCCAGUGAGUAGAUUUUUGUACUGUAGUUCAGAGAGAAAGUAUUUGUAUAUAUUCUCAAGAUAUAUAUUGAAUUAUUGAAUUUAUGGAUGACCGAGCUGUUGUGAUGUUUUCCUGGGAUACUAAGAGCCCCAGAUCGAAGCAAAGCUGCUCUGGUUUCUGUGGCUCCAAACCUCUCUUUUUGGGGAUGUGACAUUGGUGCUUUGCAGCUAGGUAAGGAAUGGUCCAGAAGAAAGGCAAAUCUGACUUUUCUGUGCGCCUUUAACAAUUCUCUUAACUUUCUUCAGUAAGCAUUUUACAGAUGUUGUAGGAAGACUUCUGAUAAUUCAUUCUCUUUAUUUUUAAUCCCAAGAAAUAAAAUUUGACUUGGCUAAGGCAA